AUGCGUAAACAUUUUACUAUACUCAGACAGAAAGUGAGACAGUAGAGUGGCGUGCCUGGUAGUGGCGCAUUGUUAAAUGACUAACAUUUGUAACGACUAUAACUCUUGGAUUUCGUCGUGUGAUUGACUUUAACCGCUGCAAGUCAAGAUGUUUGGCUUUCAUAAGCCGAAGAUGUACCGCAGCCUUGAUGGAUGUUGUAUCUGCAGGGCCAAGUCCUCCAGCUCUCGUUUUACUGACAGCAAACGCUAUGAGAGAGACUUUCAGAGCUGCUUUGGUUUAGGUGAGACUCGCUCUGGAGAAAUCUGCAAUGCUUGUGUGCUGCUGGUGAAACGGUGGAAAAAGCUUCCUGUUGGUUCCAAGAAGAAUUGGAAUCAUGUGGUGGAUGCACGAGGAGGGCCCAGCCUGAAAACUACAGUCAAGUCAAAGAAAGUCAAAUCUCUGUCCAGACGAAUCAGACCGAACCAGAUCACCCGGGUUCAGAAGGAACUAAAAAGACACCAUUCAGAUGCUCAAAGCACUACCUCCAGUGCCAGCCCGGCCCAGUCGCCCAGUUACAGUAACCAAUCAGAUGAAGGCUCUGACUCGGAGUUGGCUCCUGGCUCCACCCGAUCUCCUGUGUUUUCCUUCCUGGACCUGACAUACUGGAAAAGGCAGCGAAUAUGCUGUGGUAUCAUCUAUAAAGGCCGCUAUGGGGAGGUGCUGAUUGAUCCUCAUCUUUACAAGCCCUGCUGUCAGAAGAAACGAGAGCAAGAGCAGGAGGAAGAAGAGGAAGAGGAUGACGAAGAAGAGGAUGAGGGCGACCUUGACAAAGAGGAGGUGCAAAGCAGUCAAGAAAUGAUUUCUUCCAUUCAGCCGCGCUCGCCUUCCCCUUCUCACCAAAUCAAAAUGGAGCAGGAAGUGGAUGAGGAGUGGUGAUGUCACAUUCCCAGGGUAUUGACUUGGCAUUUUUAGGAAGCCUUUGAGAGUCGGGCUGCAUCGUCGGCCUCAGACACUCUCAAAGACAUUCUCUCAGAUUGCCUUCGAUUCAAGAGCAGCUGGAUCUUUGUUUGCGUUUCCCAGUUUUAUUCAGGUUAAGAAUGUGUCUUUUUCAGUUUCUUGGCUGUCGAGUCAACUUCUUGUUUUAUUUAUCAAAAUGAAUUGGUAUCCUUAUUUUCCAGAGCCUGGUACCACACUAUUCCAAUUCGCUCCUUCCUGUGUGGAUUUUCUUGCGCGCUUCUGUUUUUGUAGAUCAAGAAAAUGUGUUUGCUUUUUUCAACUCACAGAAUGCUGGAUCUACAAACAUCACGGCAUAAAAAACCGAGAACCGACUUGGUGACCACAAUCCUGUGCUGUCACUAUUGUAACCCUUAAGCGAGACGCUCUAUCACCGCUGUGCCCUACCUCUGGGGUGACUAUCUUUGCAGUUAGUGUACAGUAUUUAGGGUGGCAUUAGCUAAAUUCUAGCUAAAUAAAGAUAGUAACGUUUUACCAUCUUGCUGGUACAUAGCCAUUAUAUAGGGAUUUUCUUAGGUUUGGUCUUGAAGGGAGAGUUCAUCCAAACACGUUUGACUUUUCAGUAGAAGUUUUCAAAAAGUGUGCUUUUAAAAAAUAUCCUGGCUGAUGUUUUACAUAUAAUUUUAAGUAAAAAAAAAAAACUCUUGGUUUCUUACAGAAGUCACCUAGAGAGGUGUAAUUUUGGGUGAACUGUUCCUUUAAGCUAAAUGCAUUGUUUUCACUGCAGGUUGUCUGUAUUCAGCCACUCGUGGCCGGUAAGCUAAAGUUAAAGAAUUUCAAAAAUGUUAAUGCUCCUGUAUUCAGUGUACUAAUGUAAAUAUUCAGAACUGUAGGUUUGACUUAAAGGGAUAGUUCACCCAAAAAUGAAAAUUCUGUCAUCAUUUACUCACCUUCGAGUUGUUCCAAAUCUGUAUAAAUUUAUUUGUUCUGAUGAACACAAGAUAUUUGGAAGAAUGCUUAUAACCAAACAGAUCUUGCCCCCUAUUGACUAUCAUAGUAGGAAAAAAUAGAAUGGUAGUUAAAAGUGCCCCAGAACUGUUUGCUGUCCUAGAUUCUUCAAAAUGUCUUCUUUUGUGUUCAACAGAACAAAAAAAGAUAAAGUAAUUUUUCCUACUAUGGGAGUCAAUAGGGGGCGAGAUCUGUUUGGUUACAAGCAUUCUUCCAAAUAUUGUUCUCUGUGUUCAUCAUUGAAAAGAUCGGUGUCACGCAUGAACGCUAAGGAAACUAAUGUGUUAAUGGAAAUCUGCAUGAAUUUUGCAUGGCCUUUUAAGAUUUUCAGGAUUUUUCAUUCUUUGUUUGUAUUGUUUUGCAACCAUGCAAUAUAACCAUUUGCAAUAUGAAUUAUGAGGGCGAAUGUUGAGACGGUCCCGUUAUAUUUUUGUAUAUAAAUGAAAGGAAAAAACAAAAAUGAAAUUAGAGUUUGAUUGCUAUGUGACAUCUUAAGAUGCCAAUGUUGUUAAACAAUUACAGGGAGUCAGUGGUCUUCACAUAUAUUUUAGAAUUGGAUAUUUUCAAUAUUGUCUCAUUCUAAAGCCAAAAAGCCCAUAAUUAUUGCUAUUUAUUUUGUCAAUGUCCAUAUACCUCCUCUCUUGUAAAUACAGUGUACUCUCAUUGGCAAAUAUUUGCAAGUUUUUAGUGUCAUAAUAGGUUAGAACACAUGUGCCCGGUUUCAAAGACAAGGCUUAAAACUAGUCCUAGACUAAACUGAAAAUAAAUGGCCCUGACAUACCUUAAAAUAUGUAAUUGCCAUUAGGGCUGUCACGAUUAUGAAAUUUGAUUGACGAUUAAUUGUCUAAUAAAUCAUUGCGAUUAUGGCGAUUAAUUGUCUGUUUUAGGGCUUUGGCGAUUAUGACGAUUAAUUGUCUGUUUUUGAGCUUUGACAUUUAAUUCUCAUUCAUUUUUGAUUCAGCGAUUGAAACGACCAUAUUGUUCUGAAUACAACCACCAAAUACUUGUAAAUGAAGUAAAUUGAUCAGGUGUGAAUUGAAGCCACCAUUAAAAUUUGAUUUCAAAUUUUUUCUCACUUGCAAGACUACAGUAAAAUUUUACUUGUGUGUUAAUGAAAUUUUGGUAGACUGGUUUUCACACGGAGAUUUGCUUAAAUAAUAUUAAAUUGUACUGCAGGUAAUUUGUAUAUUUUUUUUUUUUUUUUAAGUGAUUGUGUUGUGGUGGUACAUUUUACAAGUAUUACCAUGCUUUAGUAACAAUAUAUACACUAAAAUAUGCAAUAUGCAGAUGCACUACAGCUCCCCCUAGUGUCUUCUAUAGAGAUGUGCGAUAAUUGCGAUGAUCUGAAACCAUCGCGAUGAGGUCAAACAAUCGCGAUGAGACGAUUAUUUAAUAAUCGUGACAGCCCUAAUUGCCAUUGUUUUGUCUCAAGAUGCACCAGUAAUGGCAUUUUAAUAAGGCAUUUUAAUAAAAGCGAUUUAAAUAGCCUAAAUUACCAAAGGCAUAUCCUGGCUUAAACUAAGCCUUGUCUGUGAAACUGGGCCAUGGUCUGUUUGUUUUGCUGUGCUUUUGUUUUUUAAAUAAUGUAUGUUUUGUUUGUUCAUUUGCUUUUCUCUUCAGGGAAAACAUAUAUUUCAAAGUUAAUAUCUGAAUACUGAAUGACUAAACCGAUAUGACCAAUGCAACCAAUGUUUUUAAUAUACAUUACUUUUCCUAAUAAGCUAUCACUUAUAAGAAAAGUGUUCAUACUGUAUAUCCAGAGUUUUCAUUUAAGGUCAAAUAAUUAUGUCCUUCUGUUGUAUUUUUUGACUGUUUUGGUAAUCUUGGAUUAUACAAAUUCAGAUGUUACAUCUGUUUAAUUCCAGGAGAUGGCACUAUUGAGCUCAUUUUUACACAAUUGCAGUCAUUUUAUUUCUCUCUGGGCAUAAGUGAAAAGCAUCUUCUUGGUGUUUAAAUUGGUAAUUUGGUGGCAGCUUUGUUGGUGAAUUUGCCAUAUCACAGAAACGCAUGAAAAGUGAAUGUACUUGUUAACAUCUGAUCAGGUGAAGCUUUCGGAGACACUUAAAUUGUGAUAAAUGGCGUUAUUUGUAAAUAUUCUAUGAUGUGUAAGGCUAAACAACAAUUAUCAUUACAUUAUUAUUUUUUUGUCUUAUUUAUUUCAUAUUUAUUUGCAACACGUGUCUUGUGGUCUUUUCAUAAUCACAUUCUCCUGUAGGACAUUCCUGUCCUAACACAUAGCAAUAUUGACUAAAUGCUUUUACACAGAUGGUAGGCCAAGAUUCACUAAAUGUCACGGAGAGCUUCAUGACUGUACAGUUGGAAAAGCUUGGCGUGUGUACGCUAAGUACCGCUAUUUUCUAUUUUUUGUUGCCCAGAUGCCCAUGUGAUACCUUUCCUUAUACUAGUUAGUUGUAGUGCUACAGGCAUGUAUGGUAGCUAUGCACUUUGUAUUCACAUUCUUAGAGAUAUAUGAAGCAGGUUUUGUAUUUUUUUACAUAUUGUACUUUUUACUUGUUCCUCAAUAAAUGUAAUUUGUG